AUGAACGUCGUCAAGUUGCUGGCCAUAGUCAUAGUGACCGUGGCCGUGACGCUGCUGUGCAUCCGGUCCGGUCAGGCGAUGGCCAAAACACCGGUUGCGGUUCCGGUGCACGGCGUUUACCACACGCCCAAACCGUUGACCACCACCGUCGCCGCCCUGGAAGCCGUCACCGAGCCGACGCCGAACGCGACCGCUUCUGUCAACGGGACGGACACCGAACGCGCGGUCCAGCCGGUUCAGGCCACUAGCCGGUCUCUGGACGGCGGCGGCCCGGUCGGACACCACGCGCCUAGAAUGGCAGGGGCCACGCCGGUUGUCGUCCGGGGCAAGUUCAUCACGAGACAAGAGCAGCGCUCGGCCAACCAUCCGCUGAACGGCCUGAUCGCCCGCGACGACGUCGACGACACCGAAGAGGACGACACCGACGACAGCACCCAACACCGGGCCAACAUAAUCGUGGACGCGGGAGUGUACAACGUAAACAGGUACGCACUCUAUGAUGUUAUUAGGCGGGUGCGCCUCGUAAUAUCAAAACAUGUCGGGUGUGUUUUAAAAAUAAAUGGCCCAUAACAUUUAAAUAACGAACCCGAAUAAAUAUAAAUAUAGGUGUUUAAUUACCCGCAGCCGAACAGCACAAAUAAUCUAUAAACCCGUAGAUUUCCGGAUACUUUUUGUAAACGAACGUGAUCAACAGAAUAGUAUGCCCCAUUAUGUCCGGUGCCCGUGAUGAUUUGGUGGACAGCCCGUUUUACUUUUGUGUACUAUUGUGUUCAACUAGAACAAUUGUUGUUCGGACUGCGUUGAAACAUGAUAUGUAUACGUACACAAACGCACAGCAAUGUUAACUGCUCGUACUCGUAUAACAUUGCAAUCAUAUCGGUGAAAAUCAUAAUCGAAAGAAAAAAAAAAAAUCGAGCGUCUAUUCGUAAUAAUAAUUUACGGCCAAAAUAACAUACAUCUAUAGGCGAAAAAAAAGAACGGUGUCAAAAUAAUUCAAUUGUUGUACGAGUACGUAGGUUCAUUUUGGAAGACGCGGGCCGCGAUAAGAUAGAGAUUUCUUAAAUUUCAAAAAAAAGUCCGCUGGUCCUGAAAACGUAAUUUUGUUUAAUAUUGAACAGUGCAGUCGUUUUGUCGGCGCAAUAAUAGUAACAUGGCGAUUAUAGGUAACACUUUCCCGGCUUCCGUGUGCGUCUAUCCCACUUAACUACCCGACCUUCCGUGUCGCAAUAACCGAUUGCGUGCCUAAUCCGUUUGAUCUGUCCGCAGGCCUUAUUACAGACAGGGGGACAGCAAAGACUACUCGACCAUUGACGCGGAUAUAUCAGUAGCGGAAGAAGACGGGUCGGCCAGUUAUCACAAUUCCUACGACUUGACGUACGGUACGGUGGGUGGCGGCUACAAGCCCGCGCCCGAGAGUCCCAGCGACUGGAACGCGGCUGGAAGGCCGGGGCACGGUUAUCCGGCGCCACCGGUGCCUCCGGGAGGUGGAAUGGGACAACCACCGUACGGUAUGGCCGCGCCGUACCCACCGAGCGGCCACGUCCCCGUGCCCGGAUACAAACCCAGAACCCCGUACAUUUAUCCGCCGUCCGGCAUGCAAUACCCGCACCCAGGUAUGGCGUUCCAACCAACCAGUAGCCCGGUGGGACAGUUCAACAUACACAGCCCGCUACAACACAUCCAGAUGAUCUACGAUAAGAUCGACUGGCAGAAACUCGGCAUACUGGCGUUGUUCAAAGUCGGCAUGGCCAAGCUGAAAGCGUUCAGCUUCCUCAAGAUAUUGUUCCUGUUGGUGUUCAAGCUCAAACUGUUUCUGAUUGCGAUGUUUUUCAAGUUUUUGCUCGUACUCAAACUGAUGAAGUUCUUCAAACUGCUCAUGAUACCGCUGGUGUUAAUGGCGGUGUUGCCGAUCAUGUCAUCGCUGGCCUCUCCCAUGCUGGUCGGCGGACUCCUCUCGAUCCCGUCCCGGAUAAUCGACUACCUGACCGGUCCGGUUUACGCUCCCGCGUCCGCCACUGCGGCCACUAAAUAUUCGUCGGCCGAUCCCACCAUACUACCGAGCAUCACGUCCGCCAAAAGCAGCAGCAGCGGCUCACCAUCUUCCACCAACCUGCAGAAACGCGUCGAUAUAGGUUUGGAGGACAGGCGCCGUUUGGAGACUCUGGAACUGUCCGACCCCACAUUCAAUAUUUUCCAAAAAGUUCUGGACUCGGAGAAAUGCUUAGAGAGAAUCGCGUGCAGAAUGGCUGUAGUGGAGAAGGCCGGUAUACUGCCGGCCUGGGUCAACUGGUGAGUAUGCAAUUUUUUUUUUCUUACUCGUGAACAUAUUUCAGAGACUCGACAAGUUAUACCGCUUUUUUUUAUCUAACUAAAUUCAUACAUUUAAAUUAUUGACAACGACCUAUACAAUUAUGAAAUGGAUAGGUUUUAAAACCAGCAACAUUUCUACAAAUAUUGAAAAAUACUCAGUUAUACUGGAGAUGUGUGGAUUUUAAUCGGGUAAAUAAGAGUGAUAUUACAGAUAUUACGAAGGAAAUGAAAUACAUUUUAACAAGAUUUUAGCGAGUGGGAAGGAGAACAUAUAAAUAUGUGACAAGUCACAUAAAAUAUCGUUACGAUGAUGGGUGUAGUAAAAAAAAAAUUGACGAGCUGAGCUCUUAAAAACGGAUGAUUAUGAAGCCUAAUAAUAUUAUCUAGUGUUUAAAUAAAUUCAGGAGUUCUAAAAGUUGUUAUUGCUGGACAAAAUUUAAGAAUGGAGAUGAUUAAGAUGGCUAAAUGGUCUUAAUAAUGAUUUAUAAGGUGACGGCGAUGACGAGGAUGAUGGCAAAUAGAUGCAAAGCAAUCAAACUACGAGAUUUAUUAAAACAUAUAUAUAUAUAAUAACUUGUUAUGUGUCUUUAUUUGAACAUACCUGAGAUAAUAAUGGUUUGUUCUAUUUCAGGGUGUUACACCGAGUGUCGAAAUUGAUUCCAAACGAAAAACUAGAAUCGUACAUCAGAACUUACGACAACGUUAGUGACGAAAUUUAUCGAAAAUCAGAGGCUCCGGACAAUUGGGAAACGUGGUGUUUCGAACGAUACGACUGCGACACCGCUGACGUAAGGAACGCGUCUGAUACAAAUAUAUGA